AGGUAUUAAAAUGAGUAAAGAGACGUAUAUAGAGAAAUGCGAUGAAUCAAUUUAUAGACAUAGAUUAAAAUAGAAUUACGUAUAAAUUAAGAAAUAAAGGACUAUCAUCAUUAAGAAAGAAAAAGGGAUUUCCAAAUUAUUAAAAAUGAUAUGGGUAAUGUUAAAUAGAUUGUAGAAAAAGAGUCAAGAAGAAAACUAGAAACUUAUUAAUAAAAAUGAAUCUAAAAAAAUGGACAAAUCUAAAUCAGAAAUCGAGAAGAAAUAGGAAAGUGAUAGUUUGAGCAAAGAUGAAAAAACUAAAAUAAUACAAGGAAUCGUUACAUAUAAAGUAAAUAAUAAUGAGAUUUUGAUAUAUAAAAUUAAAUUAAAUAUAGAGAUGUCUGAGUAAUAAGAUCAGCCAAGUGCAAAGAAACGUAUUAGAAGAUGUACAAAACAUGAUGAAAAUCCUCGGCCAUAUAAAUGUGGUUGUGGACGAGGUUAUUAUAGUUAUCCAGCAUUAUAUACUCAUUUGAAGUAUUUAAUUUAUAUAUGUCAGAAUUAAACAUGAAGGAUAACCUCCAACUGGUACAUAAAUUCCAAGCGAUAAACAUUAUGGUAGUCGAGGAAGACCACGAGAAAAGAAUACAAAAUGUGAUGAAGAAAGUAAACAUCAAGUGUUUAUUGAUGAAGAAAAAAGGGAAGAUAACAAGUAAGAAGAGAAAGUAAUACCGAAUUAAUGAAAUCAGAAGAGAG